AUGGCAUCGGCAUCCGUCACAUCGGGCACGUCGCCCCUUUCGGGCUUCGAAUUUGAGUUCCCACAACACCCCGACGGCACAGGCGAUCCGGACGAGGGCGUUUGGACGACCAUCAGCAACCCCAGCACGGGGUCCAUGGGGCUCCUGUCCAGCCCAGCGAACAGCCUGGGGAGUUCAUGGGUUGUCAUGGGAGAUGGCCAGCUCGUGGAACUGCAGCCGUCGCCGGCGGCGCUGGGGUCACCUCUCAGCGGCCAGAUGAGUCCUUACUCGGCGACGUUGGACCAGACGGGGAAUGGGGCUCAGUUUGAGGACGUGAACCUUUUCCAGGGGAUGGGAGGUCAGGGGCUGGGGUUUAUGACUUCGGCGCAGGGGCCGCCGGAUCUGGUGCUGGAUCAGUUUGGCAGUGAGAGCGGUGAUUUCGAUGCCGUGUUUAACCCGUUUUCUUCCGCCAGUAUCCUGGAGGACUCACCACCCCGGCAGCAGCAGCAGCGGACCGCCAUCGGCUUUCCUAACCCACAAGCGAACGUCGGGAUAUCAAGCUGGGAUUAUGUCAAUACGUGGGCCAACCAAGAUGUAACCGCAUCAGCAGCACCAGUGCACCACCCCAGGGAGUACACCACGCAGCAGCACACCGCGCAAUACACAGUGCAGCAGAUCAACCACCCAAGACCGCCACCCAGCGAGAGCUCCCACGUCUUCGUCAUGGAAGACCCGAGCUUUGUCUCGCGCUCCCCAUCUCACCACUCUCACCACACCUACUCGCCAUCUCUGCAGUCGGCCUCCGCCAGCCCUCCAGCCACCGCUAGCCCGCGCUCACCGACACAGAUCAAGUUCGAGCCCGGCCUCCCCGAUCGCCGCAGAUCCCCCGCCGUCUCAGCAGCCGCUACCUCCGCGCCAAAACCGAUCCCGACCACCCGCAAACUCAACACCGGCAACCGCGUCCAGAAGCGCAAAGCCCAAACCUCCGCCCCCAACCCAUCUCCGACCUCCGCAUCAGGCUCAGCCUCCACCAGCGCCAGCAGCGCCACCUCCAAAUUCCUCAUCGUCACCCCCUCCUCCAUCUCCCACAACUCCUCCACCCAACCCAACCUCAACCCCUUCGAGUGCCUCGACGCCCUCUCCCGCGGCCCAACCCAGCGCGGCCGCAAGGGCCCCCUCGCCACCGACACCAAGCAGUCCGCCCUCGUCGUCCGCCGCAUGGGCGCCUGCUUCAGCUGCCACGCCCGCAAAGUCCGCUGCGACAAGGAGCGCCCCUGCCGUAACUGUGUCCGGCUUGCGGGCUCUGUGCCCCAGGUCGUGUGCUGGCAGUUUGGCGAUUUUACGCCGGUGCUGUUCCCUGGUUUUAUCCGUGGACAUCUGCGCCGGGAGGAGGUGGCCAAGUUUGUGGAAGGGAGCGUGGAGAGUUUCCGGGUGGGUGGAGUUGAGGUGCCGUGUACGGUUGAGUUGGUGUCAGGCGUUGGGUUUGGCGCCAAAACGGUGUUGGAGAUCAAGGCUAAGUUCUUCACCGCGCGGACCGCCGAUGUCCUGCAGCAUUGGCAUGCGCAGCUGGGGAGGAACGGGAUGGAUCUCGCUUCGCGCGGGGCUGCACCGAUCGGGCUGGAGAUGGGUUCGUCAUCCUCCUCCUCCUCAGACGGCAGCGGCAAAGAGAGCACUUCCGGAGGAAGCGACGGACAAAAAGCCGAACUCAAACGCCGCGUACGCGAAUACGUCCAAGCGAUGGUCGACGAGCCCCAUUUCGCCGAACUCGUCACCCCAGCACCGCAACACACCGACCUCCCCCGUCGCGUCCUCCGCAUCGUCCACGACUACGCCAUGCGCUGCGACGUCCCCAUGGUCCGCCGCGCGCUCUCCAUCUACGCCAUGCACUUCGUCAUGACCCGCCAUCUCUGCCUGACCGCCAAAAACGUCGUCGACCUCUGUCCCACGGGGCUUGUACCCCAGGGCGUGCCGUGGGUUACCCCCCGCGUGCUGAACCGGCAGAUUAAAGCGGUCGUGGACGAGAUGCUGUGUCGGGAGAUGCAGUUGCUGUUUGAUAACUUCAGCAAGUCGCUGAAGCCGAAACUGCGGCGGGAGUGGGCGCCGUGUUUGGCGUCGUUUUUGGUGUUGUGUUUGUUUAUGGAGUCGGUGGAGACGGCGGCGGAUUUGUUUGUUAUUUCUGACAACCAGAUCAAUCUGAUGCAUCAGUAUGCGCCGGCGUGGCAGCGGUCGUUUGUGUUGGGUGUGAAUCGGGAGAUUGAGAAUAUGCCGUUUAAGCAGUUUGCGUUUCAGUUUCAUCAGAUCUAUCAGACGCAUUCGAGGGAUGCGGCGGCGCGGAGCUUUAAUCCCAUUAUGGAUGAUACGUGCUUUGAGCUGGGGGAGCUGGAGAACGAGGCGGCUGCGAUGGUGCGCAAGUUGAGGCGGUUUAUUGAUGAUGAUUGUGAGGUAAGGCUAACCAGCGAAAUAGGGUCUGAACUGGACUACCUGACGGCCGACCCGAUUCUGCCCAGCGCCGAGGACCUCCACCCUCGCAAUAUGUCGUACAACUACACUGGCCGUCUGGUCGCCAAGUUCCUCCUCUCUUUCACCGACGAGAGGUACAUCUUUGAUGGGAAGGGUCUUUGA